GACCAAAACAAUCCAACUCCGAAACAUAAUUAACUAUUGACCCAUUUUUCUGAUCAUUACAGUGCAUUGCAUUUAUUGAACUGUAUUUUAAAAUAUUUGUUAAAAGACAGCGCCCGCCAGUUUAUAAAAGUUGCUUAAAAAAAUGUUUGUUUUUUGCUUACUUUUUUCUCUCUGACAUUGAUUAGUUUGGUAGGACUCCCGUUUUUCAAAUUCCAAUAUUUUACUUGAGGAGGAAGUACGGUUUACUGUUUGAAUUUCUUUAUUUAUUUUAUAUAUAUAUAAACUAAAAUGUUAUCCGUUCAAAUGUAUUUAACGUUUUGUAGUUUUAUUAUUUUAAGCUCUUUUGCACAGGAAUUGAGACACAAACCUGUUGAAACCAAGCCAGUCCGACUUUUUACAGAAGAGGACUUAGCAAAAUACAAUGGGCAAGAGGAUGGCCAGCCGAUUUACAUGGCUGUGAAAGGAGUUGUCUUUGAUGUCUCUUCUGGAAAAGACUUUUAUGGGAAAGGUGCCGCAUACAAUGCCCUGGUUGGGAAAGACUCCACAAGAGCUGUGGCGAAGAUGUCUCUUGAACCAGACGACCUCACCUCUGACACUAGCGGACUUACUGAAGAGCAGAUGAAGGCUCUUGAAGACAUUUUCAUAAACGUGUAUAAAGCUAAAUAUCCAAUUGUUGGCUACACUUCCAGACGCAUUCUCAAUGAAGACGGCACCCCAAACAAAAACUUCAAACCUGAAGAUCAGCCCAACUUUACCAUCAAGGAGGAGUUCUAAACACUUCUGUAUGCAAAUUUACUUUUGAAUUAAAAUAAAUAAAUAAAUAAAUAAACACAUUUUUACUCUAACCUACGGUGGUUCAUUGAGGACACUUUUCUGUACUUAAUGAACAUUUGUACUAAAGAGGACUGUGAAUGUUGCAGCGAAAAAGAAGAAAUUGGGAUUGUCACUGAAUUUAACAUUUUUGACCUGGGUAAAGAUGUUUAGAUCAGAGAAUCCACUAUACUGUAUUUUUUCUAAACAAUUUGAAAUUUGACAAAAAUCAACAAAUUGAAUAACAUGCACUGUUAAGCUUUUAAAGGGGAAACUGCUAUUGACUUGUAGAAAGGUCAGAUCUCCCUCAGCAGGUUAAGGUUGUGAACCAUUUAUUUAAUAGCUUACUGUUAGACAGAUGUUUGCAGUAAACACAUACUGUCAUGGGCGAGGUGGCUAUGGUAAUUACACCUAUAGGAGAAUGUUGGUGAGAGCUGGUAACUGGUGUUACUGAUUUGAUAUUGUCUGGAAAAAGAGGUGAUAACAAACAUUGAUUUUGCAGCUGAGCAUUUGAAAACAGUAGUGAAAAUAGGGAAAAUACUUCAGAAACCUAGCACGUUAAUUCCUCCAAAAACAACUGUGACUGUGUUUAGAAAUACAUUUCCCACUAUAGUAGUACACAGUGUAACAAUACUUUCUGAGAUUGUAAGUCAAAUGAUAAGUUAAAAAGACUAAUAAAUACUUGUAUGAAAGUCUCUAUUUAAGAAUUUGUGUUUAAGGUACUGUGUAACCAAAAACUGAAUUAUCUGUAUAUGACCUUGUCCAAAGCCACUUUUUUAUAUUAUUGUUUUGUAAAACCUGAGAGUAAUCACAAUAAAUAGUGUCAUUUAUACAUAA